AUGGCAGUGCGAGAGGAAUGCGUUUACCAGGCAAAACUCGCAGAGCAGGCCGAGCGAUAUGACGAGAUGGUGUUGUAUAUGAAGAAUGUAGCCGGCAUGGAUGUGGAGCUCACAGUAGAGGAGAGGAACCUACUAUCAGUGGCUUACAAGAAUGUGAUUGGUGCCAGGAGAGCUUCCUGGAGGAUAAUCAGUAGCAUUGAACAGAGGGAUGAGAGCAAGGGUGAAGAAGAAAAACUGAAGAUGGUCCGGGAUUACAGAAAAACGGUUGAAGAAGAACUUAAAUCAAUCUGUGGUGACAUUUUGGAGGCAUUGGACAAGCACCUUGUCCCAUCUGCGGUCGCUGGAGAGUCGAAAGUCUUCUACAACAAAAUGAAAGGUGACUACCACAGGUACCUGGCAGAGUUUGCCACAGGCAACGGCAGAAAGGAAGCAGCUGAGAAGAGCCUGGUGGCCUACAAAAAUGCUACUGAUCUUGCUACGGCAGAGCUGCCACCCACGCACCCCAUUCGCCUUGGUCUCGCGCUCAACUUCUCCGUCUUCUAUUAUGAGAUCCUCAAUUCGCCUGAUCGUGCUUGCAGGUUGGCGAAGGCUGCAUUUGAUGACGCGAUCGCAGAAUUGGACUCGCUGAGUGAAGAUAGCUACAAGGACUCCACACUUAUUAUGCAGUUGUUACGUGACAACCUGACACUAUGGACUUCAGAUAUGCAGGGAGAAGGAGAGGAACAGAACAAAGAAGCGCUGCAAGAUGUGGAGGAUGAAGCACAGACUUAA